UUUGGGCUAUCAUAUUUCARUUAGACCGCUAGCUAUUGUACGCUGGUGGUAUAUGUGGACUCCUAUCUAUGGUUUCGCUCAGUUWCUGGACUUUUACAUAAAAAUAGGGUUGUUAAAUGAGCCCUUGCGCAAACUUAAGUGAAGAGUGAUACAUCAACAUUGAUGUGUACACGAAAUGCGUCUAUCCACKAUCCUACAUGCAUUGCUGACUAUAUUUAUCGCUGUGAGUUCAGUCAACGAUCCGCCAUCGUUCACAGACUCAAGCGAUACUUCCGUCGAAUGUUCAAAAAACCAAAUGCARCUUGUGUUAAAAAGAAAAAUAUUUGGAACUAUUGACAUCAAGUUCCUUAGGCUACUCGAUCCCAAAUGUAAACCUAAAUCAAACGAGAGUCACGUGUUAAUAACAGCGCCUCUGAUUGGCUGUGGYACCACUGUUAGACAUACGAACAAAGCAGUCAUCUACAGUAAUGCCGUUACUCAGACAGACSCAGUAGGAAUGGUUACGCGGAUAAAUAAGGUCAAUAUACCUUUUAGCUGUUACUAUGCUACUGAAGGAAUUGCAUCGACUCUUGGAAUUCUUCCUAGACUAGUAUCCAAAGURCUGUCAGGUUCCAACUCGUCYACCAACUUCGUCCUYUCCAUGAAUMUCUAUAAAGACAAUUCAUACAGWGAAGAGUUUGAAGCAAAAGACUUUCCACUAACCCUUGGGAUAAACCAACCGCUCUUCCUUGAAGUCAAAGUUGAAUCUCCUGAUGAUCGUCUGUCUGUGWUGACAGAACAUUGCUAUGCAACUCCAAAUCAAAAUCCUCUUGAUAAAAUCACAUACAAUGUCAUACAAAAAGGGUGUCCAUCAGAUCCGACAUUGCAAUUUUACGACUCACAACAAACAAGGACUCGGUUCUCAUUCRAUUCGUUUCAGUUCGUUGGUGCAUCUCAAAAGUUUGUUUUUAUUCAUUGUAAACUUGUUGUUUGUAAUUCGACGGACCCGUCAUCGCGCUGCGCACGUGGAUGUGAGUCAUCAGCACAAAGUAGAAUAAGACGAAGCCUGAAUAAUGAAGAUUACGACUUUACCCAGGGUCCAAUAUUGGUCGAAGAGCUCGUACAAGGCAAGACCGCAGAAUUUAGUAGUUUAGAACCAAGUUCCUCUCUGUAUGCUUGGCUGUUUAUUGGACUKACUGCAAUCUGCCUGGUUUGUUUGACAAGUCUUAUAUUCAUGCGAAGAAAGAUAUUAAGAGCUCGAGAAAACCACCACAUUUCAUCAGAUAACUCGAGGGAGACGCGCCUGUAAGCUUUAGAAAGUAUGGGCAAGAUCAUUAACCCGAAAAGUCUUGAGAGGGAUCGUUGAAGAACCAACACAUUUCGACACACCAUUGCUGUGGUUUGAUGAUGUUAACGUGGUUAUUGGUAUUGUAGAACACAUCUUAGUGACUGACAGACUGGAAAGUAAAUCCAUAUCGAAUCAACCAAGGACAAUCUAUAGAGUUGAAGUAAUGUGCAGAGGACAUUCAGCAUCAUCAAUCAUUAAUGUCGAUAUCAUAGGCGAAUGGACUUAUAGAUAAUGACUGCAUAGAAAUUGUAAAGAAAGUAAAUAAAAUCUGACUGGAAUGUCCUCUUUGCGGACGUACAUUACAAAAAAUGCCUGUGUCAUGUUGCAUAAAAAAACUACAGUCAUGCAUUAAAAUAACAAUUACAAGGAAAA